AUAACAAACGCAGUACUAGUCGUCGCGAUCGUCUGUAAUUCGACCCGUUUUUGUAGGGGUUGAUGAAGUGCAUGGAUUGCGACAUCUUCAUGAGAGAGCACGCUCUACUCAUGCUGCUGGCAUCUCGGGUUUACAUGACAUGACAUGGCAACCGGCAGUGCAUUCGACUUCCACGAUAAGCCUUCGUUGUUGUACCAUCAUACCACCAACCUGAGCAUCUAGUACUUUCUUGUUGCUGCCCUGCUUGACAUUGACUCGAAGAAUCGGCAUAGGACAAGAAUGCAUAGCACAACCACAACGGACACGGUAGGCACAGCAUCUUCAGCACGACUAGCGCUAGUACAAGAGCUACGAUGACGACGGCGCUAGUACACCAAGAACUAUGAGCAUGAGGACAACUAUCUUCUACUUCUGUACUAGAUGAUCGAUGUAGAUGAUAGAAGCAUAAGCAAGGCUGCCCUUUAUAGAAGUAAAACAUCAAAAAAAUGUUGGUCCUCCGCCAAUUUCUUUGCCUGUUCAGCAUCAACAACUGGCUGUGGAGAUGGCCGAGCCUCUCAAAUUUAAGGCUUCCUCUAAUUCAUCUUGAGAAGCAUUCUGGUCCUGCAGCCUUUUGCUUUUGCUAAGGGGAAUACAGCACGCCAAAUAUGCUCUCCCAGAUGAAUUAAGGCAAGCGCUAACAAAUGUCGGCUAUCGCAAUGACGAGGAACAAAAUAGACGAAUAACUGGAUUUGCUGGAUUUGGUGUCCUCGCCGGACCUGGAUGCAACUCUGACCCUCACGCUUCUCUCGUGACCAGUCGAUGUCCUAACGGAGUAUAUUAUGGAGGCAGCAUCAGCAUGAUCUUGAUCAUCAGCAAACAAGAAAAACAUUAACACUCUCCAAUAGCAAAUAUGAAUAUCAAUAUUAAUUAGAUAAGUCAGAAGUGUUGCCCCAAAAGUACAUCUACAUGCUUACUCGUGGUCCUCGUGUUCAUAACUGCAGAAGGUAGAAGUACUAGACUGUAGCUCCUGUACUACUAGUUUACUUUUAGAAUCAUUUUGAUACGCUAACGCUCAGGCUCACGCAGUGUUGAUCCUGAUGAAGAUGUAGAUUGUAAUGCUUUUGACCCCUUGAGUGCUUUUCGUAGAAGUAAUAUUAACGACCAUAAGGCUCACGCUAGUAAGUACCUCCUCUUGAUGUAGAACAUCUUCAACUUCAUCUUCUUUCUAUCUAAGAUUCUCAAGGUGGCACGGUCGCUGACGGAUCCACGUCAGCGUCUCUCAGGCUGAAUCGAUGCAAGGCGGCGCCCACAGUAUCCAUGACUUCCGAUGGCUCCCCCGGGACGGGCUAUCCAGCAGGACCGCAACUUGUAUGCACUCAACGCAUCUUUGUGCCCUUUUCUGAGUAGGAUUCAAGUAGCACUAGCAUGAUCAUGCGAAAGAGAACUACCAUCAUGGUCAAGAGCCCCUUUUUCAACUAAGUUGCAUAUGUUGUAACAGCAAGAUCAACAUCAUGGUUCUCAAAGAAUUACUUAUCUUCAUUCUACACUGCGGGUCGUGAUCUUGAGUUGAAUGAGUCAACACCUACUUCCUUACAGAGAAAUGAUUCGUCGUCCUCCGUUGAUAUUUCCUCUAGUACCUACGGGGAGAACGGUAGCCCCCUCUACUUCCUCUAAGAGGAGUAUUCUUUCGCUGGUAUGAGCCUUUGGCCUUUCCAUACGACCUUAUGUACGACCGCAGAGAGGCGUAUCACCUGGGCUGUUGUUUCGAGGACGAGUUCAAUGUGCUACAAGACUUCUGCGGAGGCUACCGAGAAAACUAUCUUCUCUCCGGAAUUGCUCCAAGUUGCGAACGAGUUGAGAGGUACAAAGUGAACGGGAUCUAUGCUGUAUACUUAAGGCUGGAACUUCAUCUGAUCGGAUCUGUUUCGUCUUGCCAGUAGUCUAGGAUGACUACUUGAGGCGCGAAUGAAUGGAAGUUGGUGGUGAAUGGAAAUUGGUGGUCACAACUGACACCGAAGAGGAGACCCCCUAAGAGAACAGGGGAAGAGAUGGACGCGCCAGUUGUGUAGGAGGUCUUGCCCCUUCAGCAUCAGUGACCACUGACUGCUGACCUUUAAUAUACACAGUGCCGCGCGCGAAUGUUCGCUAUAGUUGUUCAAAUCAAUAUGAUGUCGCAGAUCUGUGGGAUGUAGGCAACGGCCUACUAGAUUUUCGAAAGAACACAGGAGCCACGCUGGCACAACAACUCUUAUGAUGAACAUGGAAAAAAGUGUUAGUUGUGUACUCAUUAGUAAGUAGUUCUAAGUACUCGAACCCGAUUCCUCCCAGCCGGUGCGGCCUGGCCGCGGUGUGGUGGACCCUUAAUCUUGACCUUAGCCUUGUUAGUGUGCUCAUAGUCAUACAUACUGCUCAAGAAAUUGAGAUCCGAUUGUAACUUCUGCCAAUCCGGCGCGACUACUACAACAAGGCUGCGGUGGAAUCCCCUCUCAGUCUAAACCUAUAAAGCAGCAGUUUGGUACCUAGUGUCUCAUUAAGGAUGACUACAGAGUACUACACUUUUUCCUCUCUUCAUAACUCUUGCCCUACGUGUACGACUAUGGGAACUGGGAUAGUUUUGAUCCGUAUCAGGGGGUGCCCCUUGGCCUGUCCUCACCCUGCGAUAUGAGCACAGCACUGGUCCAAGCACCGACAACGGGUGACAAUGCUGCAGCCUCCACACCAGUUAGCUUUUUUAAGGCUAGUAGUGGGACAUUCAGAUGCGACUUAGAAUGAGUCUGUCUAACUGUUUGAAAAGGUCGACUAAAUAUUUAAGUUACAAAUAGAUCUAGAUAUCAGUGCCUGUUGCUCAGAUUCUUUUCAUCUUAGACUCGAAGGAUCAGGAGUCGUGCAGGAGCAGUAGAAUUUUCCGUAUUUUUGUUUCCUUCGAGGAAGAGUCGAUUACUAGUAGUUUUUUUACUCAACAACGUUGGCGUAUGCCUUUAUGCUCCUAUGUUUCCUCUAUUACUUUCAAUUUCUAUUUCCGUAGUUUUUCCCCACGACGAUCGAUCUCCUUCAUAUGUAAUGCGUUUCGGGGAUUGAAUAUUUUGUACGUGCCCGAGCAGUGUCGUGUUUUGCCGAGUCCGUUAGGCGUCGUUGGUCACCCGAACGAAAUGCGCCAGAGGAAAACGGAGUUCACGUGCCAAGGGGACUUGGUUAAGAUUUUGUUUUUACGUCUUUCUUUUUCUAAGUAGAUGUAGAUCAUGAUUUUCAACGAAGGUGUUCUUGAGCAGAAGCUAGAUCUUGUUCUAGAAGCUUACAACUUGUAUUGUAUGAUCCUCCUCCUGUCUAAUCUAGCAUGGGCCGAUGGCGACGGGCAGUCGGUUCAGUAUGCUGCUACACUAACCAGUGGUGAAAACGUGACGUAUCGCUUGGUUACCCGCAGCGAGGUGCAGCUGCCACAAACUCCAACGCCAAUAGGUCAUUCUACUACCUCCUUCUUUAUGCUUAUGCAUUCUCUCUGUAUUUUGAACCUGCGUCUUUACUUCUAACAGAUUCAUCCUCUUACUCCCUUGUAUAACUCGUAGUUUUUUUCGUAUUCUUGUGCAAGCGGGUGUAUGUACCGCAAGCGGGUGUAGAAAACUGAGAGGCAAUCAACAUUUUUCCUUCGACGUUGUGAACAUUCCUUCGUGGUAUAGACACAAUCCUUCGUAGUUGUAUAGACCACACAACAUGAAGCAUACGUACCACUACUACUAGGUAGCGAAACGUUGAUGUCAGUGAAGCCUCGGGACGUCAGGCUCGUCUGCGGCUUAGACGGGAAGGCCAAGCUCACUACGGGAGCGAAGCCAAGGGAGCUUAGCGUAUAUGUCGAAAUGACAACGCAACUUAUGCUCCUCAGCUUUUAUUCAUCUUUCAGUUUCAGUACUAGAGCAUAUUAAUUACGAACAAAUACAGGAGGUGCUUUUAUUCGCCAAGAAUAGCAGUAUGUAUAAUAUAUAUAUUCUUGCUUGGAGGGAAUUAGCGCAGUCUUCUAAUACGUAGAACUCGACAAAACUAGAACAGGCAGUGGCAGAGAAUCCAGCUGCUGCGGACCUCGACGACUUCUUGGAAGCGGGGUCAACCGGAUGCACGCUGACGGAGUAUGGUCUGUACCAAGAGCGCGGCAAGUAUUCGGACACUGUCAAGGACGCCUGCCCGGGAACCACUACGCUUGCAUCUGGCAUUAAGGCACAGUCCUCAGGCUGUAGAAGUAGAAAGUAUAUUAAAGAAUAAUAGAAAUUAUCCUUCUAGUAGCCUGCGGGAAGAUGAUAAAGCAACCAUUAUUUGAGUCUUCAGAUUUGAAUGAUUCUACUUAAGCAAACCACUUAGCCUCAGGUGAGGAGGAUGGUUUCAACAUCUAAAGGAGCGCUUCUUCUAAUAGAUGCAUGUGCACCGUAGCGCCACUCAUGACGGCACCGAAUUAUAGCAAGCCGCUGGAAUCCCAAGCCGUGUUUUUCACUAUGUUAUGAUGACAUCUUCCACGGAAUUAGUUCUCACGUGCACCUAGGAGAAGCAGUGGUCGUAGUAGAUCUUCAUCGAGACCACUCUACUCGACCGCCAGAAGGAGACUUCACCGCCGAAACAAGGCGACUUCAUACAAUACAAUAUCAAUACAAUUAAUCUCGCACAGUUAUCAGUGCAGACUGCCGCGCGGCGUCAUCUCUACUCCUAUAAUUAUAUAUAAGUACAACUAGGCUUACUCCAUGAUCUUCACUUAUUUUUAUCCCGCCGCCAAUGCAAGAACUUGUUUUGUCCAUGCCCACCUCCUAGCCUCUCUUCAUAAUUUGGGCAAAACUAUCGUUUUGAUGUUUCUCGACAUACGCUGGAUGUAUUUCGGGAUUCUGGGAGAUCCUUCGUUGUCCCCAUCGCUGACACUAGCCAACUGCGGUACCGCUGCGAGAAGACAGAGAGCGGGAUGACGCAUUAUUAUGGAAUAAAGGAUCUGCUUCUACUAGCCGUCAUGGUUCGACCUGUGCUGUUAUCGUCUGGACCUUUGUCUGGACCCUAGCAGGACUAAUCUCUACGGCGGGUACUCCUAACAGUGUCAUCAGGGAAGAUCCACACAUAAGUAUAUGGGAGAGGGGAAAGGCAGUUUUUCAUGAGGAAUAGAAACGCCACAUGAUGGAGGUGGAGGGCGUGGUCUCCAAAUACAGACUGCUCGUCGGCUGAGACGAAGUCGCCAGAGAACUCAACAAGAAGAGAAGUGUAGGUGUGCUAGCAAACUAGCGAUGACAUGACUCCUAGAAGUUGUUGACGUCGAUGCAUUAUUUCGAGUUUCCUAAUCAAAAUGGAACUGGAUCUUUCUAGUCUGGCCGCUGCUUCUAAGGUUACCUGAGGCCUUUGCUGCCAGCCGCAGAUAGCGCGUCGUUGUAUCCAGUCUUCGUAAACGAGAUGUGCGACAUGCGACCCUUGUGGAACGAAUUUCGUGUUACGAGGACAUGAUGAGUUGUAGAAGAAGGCAAUUUUAGAGAUUUGGAUAUCGUCUUAGACAUCUUAGUCUUGUUCAUGUUAUAACAGAGCAAUUUAUAAGGUUUCACGGCUCGCAUGGCAUGGAGUGCAUGGAUCGCAUGGAGUAGCAUGGAGCUAAAGGGGGAGCUUCUUGCGCCCCUUAAAGCUAUGCGCUCCAUGCACUCCAUGCUACUCCAUGCACUCCAUGCGCCAGGCGUGCUAUAAACUACUCUGUUAUAAAGAUAAUUCAAUAUCUUUCUCCAGCAAAAAUUGUACUACUAGUUGUAUCUUCUGCUCUAAUCGUGGACUCCUAAACUUGAAGGAAUGCGAACACAUGCCACGGCCAAAAGGUAGGAGCCUUUUCUUUCUGUGCGAAUGGGUGUCGCCAGUUGCUGCAGCCGAUAAUUAAGGGUAGAGAGUUUUAUCUUCCGGUUCCACGGUCUAGGUCGGAGAUCUUCUACCUACAUACACAUUCAUAGACAUUAAUUACGACGAUGUCGAUGAAACAUGAAGUUAUUUAUGAGUAAAACCACCAGCAUCUAAUGUAAACUGCAAUGGCUUGGGACUCGUGAUAGCUCUUUUUCUUUGAAAGACGUAGAUGGAGCAACGGUUGGCGUUGGCGAUGUGCGAGUCAUGUGCGACCGUCAAACCGGUAUCGCGUUUUUGACCGCUAGGCCUGCCUAUACGUACAGCUAUGGCUCCAAGUUUGAUAGAGGUAGAUGAGCUGCGACUCAACACGUUGUUUAAGUUUAUUCUAUUGAGAAGAGCACCAACGACAGGGACCUCGUUAAGUGAAAUGAAGCCAGAAGAACAUCGAUCAUCUUCACUUGCUCUCAUUUGGAAUGAAGAACUAGUACAUCAACAUUUAAUAGCUGACCCGUUUGGAAUGAAGAACUCCAUCAACAUUGGAGUCGCUCUAAUACAGGGAAAGAGUGUACUCGAAUCCACGUGUAGUGCGAACCUGUCACUCCAGCUUGGACUUCGCAGUCUACGGACCCGCAAGCAAGUGCGCUGAGGCUCUUAUAUAUCCGGUGCCAGGAGGUAGCACUGGAGAGCGGUGCACAACUGCGCCAACCUUUGCAGCGGAAGACUCGAGUUAAGACAGCUGCUGAAGCAUAUUUUCAUUUCUAGUAGUACAAGCCGUUUUCCAAAACUUAGUUGUGACGACGUCCUCCUCGGCAUUGGAUCGGGGAAAUGAGCUGCUUCAUCAACUUUUAAUCCAAUAUGCUCUAUUUUUUUGGUGGCAUCACUUCGGCUGCUCUUUCUGCGAGGGCGUCAGCACUGGUGGCAAUCGCUCUGCACACAGACCGAACCGCAAUACGGUACGAGUGCACUGCAGAUGGCCCGACUCCAUACAUUGGCUCAGCGGGUACGAGUCCGCUUCUGGUAGCACCCACAUGCAGCAUGGGGACAGAGCUCCAAAGUGUCUUCGACGCGGGGUGGCUCGUCAUUUCCACUGUCUGUAAAACACUACCGCACCCGGCGGUUGCGAUCGCGACAGGGAGUAUGUUAAGGCUUGUGUGCUGUCCUGGAGGGGACAAUAGCACCAUGAUUUCUUAGAGGACGUAGCAGAGAGGGGGUUUGCAAUUGCAUCUGAAUACCUAUUUUUAAAUAUUUAUUUACAAGUUGAAAAACAGCUCUUCAAAGAGCAUAUGUUUCGUCAAGACAAAAUUGGAACAAUUGAGUCGAUAUAACUACAGGUACAGAAUUUUCUUGGUAAUCGUCAUGGUCUUCCCGCCCUUCUAACUACGUACGCGUGUAGCGAGGACGGCGCACUCAGCAAUACAGCGAAGUCCCAGGGUUACCGCUUAGUGAAGUCAUCUACAUUUGGAACGGCUUCGGAAGUGACAAUUGACAGUGCAGCUGCCGUUACGCUAGCGUGCGAUGCAACAGGUAGUCUUGUCCUUGUAGAAAGCUCAACCGGUACUCAGCUGCGCAUUGCGUCUGCUGCUACGACGACCACAACAUCAACGACGACCACAGCAUCAACGACGGUCGCAGCUCCUGCCACGACGUUCUUGCCGCCGAAUACUCCCAGUCCAACUAAUUUAUCAGCAUGUGAGCCGCCGUCACCCUAUGCGAGUCAGAAUGCGACCGUGGUCGUAAGCAUGAAGAUUGAGCUGUCUGUGUCGUCCAACUCUACCUGUGACCUGGGCACCGACGCAAACGCACUUUUAAGACUCACACUGAUUAAGAGCGUCGACAGUGGUAUGUCGUCUCCUCAUGUAGUGAUUCCCUCUCGGAGACGGCAUUCCCUCUCCUCGUUCUCAAUCAGUGCCGCCAUAGGUCGUAAUGCCGUAAGGCUCAUCCAGAGGGGACCUCUAAGCCUCAUAGAAGAUGCAAACUGUGCGGCGGAAAAAGCAGGAGUGGAGGCUACGAUGGCAAGCAUACUGGAACUUGCAGCGGAAAUGGUUAAAAUAGUCGCGUCCGCGAGGCUUGAGAACAACCUUUUGCCUGCAUCAAGGAAACUCCUAGCAACGGCGCCGCCCAGUGGAGUAAGUACCAAAACCAACGACAGUGUAUGUGUAUUUCUGGUUUUCUGCACUAAGAAGGAGACAACUGAGUCUCAAUUUCUAGUACAGGUAGACCACGUAGACUGAGUCUCAGCCGCCUAAUUACUUACUAUUUCUAGAUGAGCACCAGCACGACUCUCAUGAUGAUUAGCCAACACAACGCUGGCGAUUGAUCAUCACCAGGUGGACAACCCUCUUAAAGAACAAACCACCCUCUUAUCAGGUGGAUCGACUACGCCUCUGGGGAUUUCCUAUGAAAUUGUGAGCAAAGCCAGGGAGGUUCCGCUUGUGUUGGCAAAGGCUGCCAACUCGGCAGAGUUUUUAGCUCGAAGCGCGUCAUACAUGCCUGCAGGACGUGAGGUCGUCGCGGUGGACCUAGAGACAAAAAUACCCGCGACAAUUAUGCUCUACUUUUUUCACAUAAGAAAAUACAAAAAAGAUACAUGCCGAGAUGAUGACCAGGGGAGAUCAUGGACAGAGAAGUGGUAGUAUUCACUCCGGGUAGUAGUAUUUUUCACUCCGGGUAGUAGUUGUAUUCCCUUCGGGUAGUAGUAUUCACUCCGGGUAGUAGUAUUCACUCAGGACCGAGACCUAGUAGAGUAUUCACUCCCUUUAUUCUAAGUCGGCAUUGCUCAGUGCAAAUAUGGAGGUUGUACCUAGUGUGACUACCACGACAACGGCGGUCAGCGGCGGUAGUUAUGAGCCCAAAGUCUGUUAUCAUUCUCAAGCUUCUCAAUCUACUCAAGUAGUGACUAGAGUGAAGAUAAUGAUAAUGGAUUUCGGUUUCAUAUAUGUGCGCCGGGUAUUAGUGACGCCACUGGCUCAGAGAGCGCCGAUAUGUACAGUGAUCCCAUGUUUAUAGUUAUCGUGGGCGCGCUGAUAGGUCUGGCAUUGAUCGCGAGUGGCUUAUUAUGGCCUCCUGUGGAGUAUUAAAUCGAAACCGGAAAUCUAUCUUCAGAAGAACAUCAAGAAGCGUACAUAGAAGUACUUGAUGUGGCCUUCUUCUUGUCUCAGUCUCACUCUCUACUUAUAAGUGUGAGGGUGGAGAUGAAACAGAAACUUCCACAGUAGACCAAGAGGACCCAGAAUGUGGAUCAUAAUUUUCAAAAAGAUGGAUCAUUCUCCCAUAGUUCCGAGAUGAAGGUCGUGAGACGAUGAAAAUAAUCUCGUCUUUACUCUUGUUCUAAUCCGUGCCGUAUUGCUUUAUCGCGCGCCGCGAUCGCUACCGAGUGCGGGACCACCCAGGGAGGUGUCGAAUGUGACGAGAUCCAGCUUAGAUCAUGGCGGCCGCCUUGACACGUCACGGUUUGACUCGUCACGUUAAGGCUCCUUCCGCUAAAGCAUGUGCAUGUUGUCCAUAAAACUCCUGUCCAUGUGGUCCUUGAAAAUAAAUGGUUCUUUUUCUACUCGAAAAAGACGAGAAGCCAAGCCUCCAAGGAUUUAAAGACCUGUUGACGCUCAAGGAAGACGAAGGUGCACACGCGGUACUACUAGCUCUAAUCCCGGUUUGACUCAUGUCUAUCUGACGCUGGAGAACGGCGUUUUAGCGUUGGAUCCCUAAAGACUGAUCGUUCAGUCUCUAUGUGGUCCAAUAGAAGCUCUGUUGGGCUUUCAGCUCCCCCUUUAUGGCGGUCGUUUGUAGUCUUACCUAUGUACGUGUUUGCUGCUCUUUUGUGCUGUACGUGUACUAGGCUCUUGUGUACCUGUAGUAUGCUCUGUACAUGUUGAAUGGUUCCGGUAUUUGGUAAAAACCUGAUUUUGAUCAUAUUCAUUGGAAAGCAAGAAGACAUGAUGUGCGCUUCUCAGUGCCUGUAUGCUCUUACCAUCAAAUUAGGUAAGUAGUACCUACACUUGAAGUAAAAAUCGGCGAGCCCUUCUAGUCGCAGUUCAGUACUAGUUUCGAAUAACAACUUGUUCUGUAUUAAUUUACUACAAGUACAGUCUUGGAGGUCUAAGAAAGAUGGGCGAGGACAGUCCCGUCACGAGGGACGCUGGAGUGAGGAUCCGCAACACGUCUCUCUUGAAGUCUGAGCCUUACUCUCCUAUGGGUCUAGAUGAAGACGACUCAAAACCGGUGUACAACCCGAGGACCGCGAGGAUAAUGGGCUCAGUAGAUGCAGACCAGGGUUUAGGCGAUCCUAGUAGAGCAGAGGACAACUACCCGCCAGCUGGUCAAGGGCCGACUCGUCAACCAUGGCAAGGCCCCACGACACGACAAACUCGAGGCUUAUAUACUGUUCCAUCUUUAUCUCGGAUUCUCAUUCUUCUUUGAUAGAAGUACAAGUAGAAGUAGAAUUCCUGUUCUUGAUCAGGUACUUUUUAGAGUACUUGGUGUACUAAUUUCUACUGCUCGUUACUUAGAAAACUCUUCUGAUGAAGAUGUACUAGUAAAUUUAUAUUCUAUCUCCUGAUGUGGACGUAGAGUGUGAGUGAGAUGUAUAAAUCUUCCGUGUACAACGUAGUACAACGAACGAACCUGUAGCUGCUGUGUCCAUUGAUGUACGGCUAAAGUCUAACAAGAGCGUUCGAUGAACAAGCGGAGGACAAGUGGAAUGAUCCGGAGCCCACGUCUUCACCUGUACUAGCGCAAGAACAAGAAGAUAGUGGUCAUGAUAGUACGGCUAAAAUCUACAAUAUUGAUAUUCGGUUUUGGUUUUUUAUCUAGUUAUGUCUGCUCCACGACCACUCAUACUAGAUUAUAUGAUGAGAGAAGAAGCAGUUCUUGCCAAAUCGUGGCGAAGAUAUUAGACUUAGCGGACGCGAAGCAUGAAGAUACUAUCUUUAGCGAAGAAUUUUUCUUAAGAGGAUUUUUGUUGUUGUCUUCAUCUAAUCACCACCGGAAGCAAGAACCCGAUGAAGAAGAGGAAGAUAUAGCGAAUUAUAUAGCGAAACGGAAACAAGUGAAAAGCAAAAGCGUGCGCAGCAAGAUCAAGAUGAUGAGUGUAACUCCAAAUAGAGUUGUAGAACAAGAAGGAGUAGAAGAUGUUGAAGCAGUAGAAACUCGUCCCAACUACUCGAAGAAAUCAUCACGACGAAGUCACCGCUCUUCUCGAUCAACGCCGGUCAAAGCAGCUACAGCGAGGACGCUUCCUGACGCGGCUGCUGCAGGAGGCAAGAAGUCUAUGAUCAUGGGAGAAGACCUUCAUGAGACGACAACAACAAGAGCUAAUAUCAUAGACGAGCAGACUAUUGAUGUUUUACUAGUCCGCGAGGACGAGGAUAAUAGACCCAGUAUUACUUCGAUUACCUUGAUCCCUGAGCAGGAUGGGGCUCAGCGAAUUGCCAAUGCUCCCGGUGAAAUAGACACUGAUGCUGCUGCAGGUGCUGCUGAUGCGUCUCCCUCUACAACUCCUUCACGACGACCUACUUCUGAUAUUAUUAAAUCAAUAAAAAAAGCGGAAAAAGAGAAACGAAAAGCUGGCCGUGAAAGGCGAAACGCCGGGGAAGUUGAAAAAGCAAGAAAGGGAAAGAAAAAAGAUGGUGACGAUGCUAGUACUCCGGAACCAUCUAAGAGCACAACUACAGCUAGCGUCACCAAAAACAACAUGUCUCCAUCUGGAAUAGAAGAAUCUUCAGUUUUGGUCGAAGUUGAGGCUGUACCACCGCCAGAUGAUGCAGAUGCACCCACUCUUCCAUCGAAAUCAGCAGCGGAAACGGCACCCACUCUUCCAUCGAAAUCAGCAGCGGAAACGGCUUCGCAAGUCAAGAAGAAAAAGUAGGUCAGAAAGGAGGGCCUAUAGAAAUAUUUAUAUAUAAUUAAGCGGGAGGAUGCUCCAUGACCAACACCAACCUCUACAACAGGAGCGGAGGUUGUUAUAGCGACUACAUCUUCUAUAACAACUACGCCUGCGGUGGAUUACUUGGACGACAUUGAUUACUUAUAGUGUCAGGAAUUAGCUUCGACCUUUUUGAGCGAGGUUGUUCUCUUGAAGCACGAAUUGCAUGCCUGCUACAGUACGUCAAUGCUUUUUUCCUGACUGAAUCAGUGAAGGAACACACUCAUUUGUUUACCCAUAAGGAUAAGCAUCACUGAUGGAGAAAAAUAUUCUCAAAAAACCACGAUCAUGCGUACUUCGCACUAAUGAAACUAAAGUAGACCAAGAACUUCAGCAUGAAAUUAAAAGUAAUACUUCAUCCACUCUUUCUAGUUGUAAUGCAUCAAGUUCGACGUCCUCGUCCUGCUUAGGCUUCCGAUUUUUUGAUUAUUAGCAUGGACCAACAAGCACCACGUUAUUCAUCUUCGCUCCGAAGCUUAUUAUUAACAUGGACCUGGAAUCUGUUCGUUAUUUUCAAUGAUCAUGUAAGUAAAAAAUAUGUCCUUACAUUGCUUUGGUCGUCCUCGUCGUCGUCCAGCACUUCCAGGAAACCCGAAGAAGGAACUUCUUCCAUUUUUUCAUCACCACAAACCGACUACGUAACUGUAAAGCAUUGUUUUCGUCCGCGGUUUCGUUUUCCAAAGAAUUAACUAUGUGUAUGGCUAUCGAAUGUAUUCACCGCAACUGAAAUUUUGAUAAUUUCCAAUUUCUUCGAAGCAGGGAGUCACUGAAAGGAAAAGCUUGAAUAAACUUCGUUGUAUUACAACCCCUACUCAAAUCAAGGACUAGAACUAUAUAAAUUUAUAUGAGCAGUAAAUGUAAAUCUGCCUUCUUCUUGCAAAUAAAUAAGCAGGGUACUUAAUACUAAAACUAAUAUUUAACAUGGGCCAAGGCCAUCUUCAGUAAUCAUAAUUAAAAAUUCAAAAAAACAUUUUUCUACGAACAACUUUUCCAAGAACAACUGCUAAAAAUAUAUUACACUGUCAGUGAUGUCGAUGAAUUCACAAUACUGACGCAAACUACGUGAAGCUGAAGCAGGGCAGUUGGCUUCGAAAAUCGGCUUCACUGUGCUUCUACUUUCUGUCAUUAGUACCAGGACUCGGUGCUCAAUGCGCAGGGCUGACGCUGAGGCGGGUGCCUUUCUAAAUCUAAAUCUACUCUGUCCGCAAGCUGCACAUGCCUCCACGGAUCUGGAGAAUGGUACAUUCGCG